AUAAGCCUUUCUUUUCGCCCUUCUCACCGCAGCCCGAUCUCCCAUCUCCGCUCCACCGCCGCCGGUCUUUUUUCCCGCGACGCCACGCCGCGGUGGUUCUGGUCCCGUAGAUCGUACGACCUGGUGGUGCGUUAGCGGCCCUCUAGUCGUCGGGGGUUUCUCCUCUGACCGAUCCCGAUCGUAAGCCCUAAAAAUCAUCGAGGGUUUGGCGGUUUCAUCUGAUUCCUGCGAUCCUUGGCCUGGAGAAGGAGGAGGAAAGAAUCAAGGAUAGAUAUCUGAACAACCUGCACUCGAAAGUCAAAAUCUGUGAAAGAUCAUCAAGAGAGCCUUGCAGGAAAAUACUAGUGCAGCCUGCAAAUGGACCCUGGGCGUUAUGGUCGUCAACAAGGAUGGGACACAAACAGCGCCUUGGAGGGGUAUGGUGCACUCCAUGAGCAAGAUUUCAGGGCUGGUGGAUCAUAUGGUGGUAGGAGGCUGUUACCUGAAGGAUUUUCCAGGGAUUCUGGUUAUGCAAGGACCUCUUUUCAUCAUGACAUACUUGAGAGGGAUAUCUAUCCACCAACACAUGUUCCUGGUGUCUGGCCUCAGCCUAGAAGAAGUUUCGAUGAAGAAUAUGCACUCGUCAGGGAUUCAAGAAGAAAUGUUGAGCCGUAUCAUGAAAUAGAUAACUUUGGUGAACAUGUGAAGUAUCAUGAAGAUAACUUUCGUGACAACUACCGCAACAUUGAGAGGUACCAUGACACAGAUAGUUACCAUGAUUAUGGAUAUGAUAGGCAUGCCAGGUUUGGGGGUAGGGAUCACGAGGGAAUGAGCAGUGACUAUGAAGUUCGACGCCAUUUAUCUCAUGAAAGCAGAGAAAAUAGUCGUGAUAGAGACUAUGAUUAUGACUGGUAUAGCUAUGAUUCUGACCAUGAGAGAGGAAAGAGGGAUGGUGGUCGGCGACGACGUGAAUCACGUGAUCGUGAACAUGAAAAGAGAGGUUUGAGUCGCGAAAGAGAUCAAAGUCCAUAUAGACGUCGAGAACGCUCUCGUUCACAUGGGCGUGAUGAUCGGUCUAGAUCAAGAUCUCCUCGAGGUAGAACUCGUAGCCGAAGUCACAGAGAGGACAGCUAUGAGGAUGGCCGAUAUGAGAGGAAUGAAAGACGGCGGGAUUAUGAUCGUGAUGAGAAGAGACAUAAUGACUCUUCUGUGGCGCCAUCAGCCACAAUAGUUGUGAAGGGUCUAUCACAGAAGACAACUGAAGAUGAUUUGUAUCAAUUUCUUGCUGAGUGGGGGCCGCUUCGUCAUAUACGGGUUAUUAAAGAGAGAAAUUCUGGAGUUUCGCGGGGAUUUGCUUUUAUUGACUUUCCUGAUGUGGAUGCUGCUCGGAGGAUGAUGGACGGCAUUGGAGACAAUGGUCUUGUAAUUGAUGGAAGGAAGCUCUUCUUUGAGUACAGUAGUAAGCCAACUGGUGGGGCUGGUGCACCUUCAUUAGGACAAGAAAGCUUUGCUAAAUCAAGCCAUGGACACGGUAGAAGUAUUACUGCACCAUGUGACUGGAUUUGUACCAUGUGUGGUUGUUUAAAUUUUGCACGGCGGACAUCCUGUUUCCAGUGCAAUGAGCCCCGGACUGAGGAUGCUCCUCCAGCUGAUGUAGCAAGCACCAAUCCAACACCCUUAGGGAAAAGGGGAUCAGAUUUAGGUCCUACUCAUGUCUUAGUUGUACGAGGGUUGGAUGAAAAUGCAGAUGAAGAAAUGCUUCGUUAUGAAUUUGCUAAGCAUGCUGCAAUUAAGGAUCUUCGCCUUGUCAGAGAUAAAUUUACUCAUGUUUCUCGGGGAUUUGCUUUUGUGCAUUUCCACUCGGUGGAAGAUGCAACCAAAGCUCUUGAAGCAACCAAUGGAACAACCCUAGAAAAAAAUGGCCAAGUCCUACGUGUAGCAUAUGCAAAAAGUAUUCAUGGACCUGGAUCUGGGACUCCACAAUCGAGCAGUCUUGCAGCAGCUGCUAUUGAGGCCGCAACAUUUGCUCAACAGUAUGAUGCUGUUGGUUGGACGCCAAAGGAAUACAAUCCAGAUCAAAAACAAUCUACAACUGGGUUUGAGCAAAAUAGCAAGGCAGAAGUUCAGAGAGGUGGUUCUGCUCCACAAUCUGGGUUUGUAUGGGAUGAGAAAUCUGGCUAUUAUUAUGAUGCUGCCUCAGGGUUUUAUUAUGAUGGAAAUACUGGUCUUUACUAUGAUGGGAACAAUGGUGUUUGGUAUUCUUAUGAUCAUCAAACUCAGCAGUAUGUCCCUUGCAACGAGCAGAGCAACAAUAAGGCAGCUGGAGACAUGGCAAAUGAAACUUCAAAAGGAUCGGAUGGAACUGCAAGCAAAAAAGUAGUGAUAUCUGCAGCUGCAACCACGGUAAAAUCAAAUGAAAAAGCAUCAUUGCCUGAUGCGGUUCAUGCUGCUGCAACAGCAGCAUUAGCUGCAGAGAAAAAGGAAAAGGAGAAGUUGAAAGAGAUUAAGUUGGCAUCAAAAAGUAACCUCUUAGCUAAUAAGAAAAAGAUGAACAAUGUUCUGGCAAUGUGGAAGCAAAGAAAUCAUGAGGGGCAGGCAGCUCGUGUUGUUCUUGAUGACAAGGAGUCAUCUGGUUUGCUAGAUGAUAAACCAAGCAAUUCGUACUCUGCAUCUGUAGCAUUAACUGCAAAAAGCAAAUUGAAAUCUGAUUCAGUUAAGGAAGCAAUGGGUAGCUCAAUUUAUGCCUCAUCUGCUAGCCGUGGGACUACUCAAUCCAUCUCUGCUGAGACAGUAGAUGUGGAUUCACAGGUUAAGCCUAGACCUGUUAGUAAUAGCUUGGGAGGCACAAUAAUGGGCGUUAUAAGAGGUUCUGGAAAAGGGAUUAUAAAGUCAGAUACAACUUUUCCAGUAUCUGCUAGUGAAGGUACUACGGUUAGUUCUACUGCAACGGCAAACUCCAUAGAAACAAUGCCAUCUUUAGCUCGGAGUCAUGCUUCCGCACCCUUCAAGACUGAUGCAUCGGCAUUGGGUUCAUAUGGAUCAUCUACAUCCGGUGGACGUGGUAAACGCAGGUUUUCUGAGGCACCAGCACUUUCUAAUCCCAGGGAUCAAAUUCAGACGACUUAUAGAGAUAGGGCAGCUGAGAGAAGAAAUCUGUAUGGCUCGUCAUCUGCCACAGGGGAUGAUCUGUCAGACCUUGGGCUUGGGGAUCCAAACUGUGAUUAUCCAUAUCGAAAGGAUUCUUUAUCAGUAACGGGGACGAUGCCCUUUCCCCCGGGAGUUGGGGGACGGUCGUGUGGUGAUAUUGUGAGCAACACCGAGAAUUAUGAAGUGAUAACUGCUGAUCGAGCCAUCGACGAAAGCAAUGUGGGUAACCGGAUGCUUCGCAGUAUGGGCUGGCAAGAAGGACUGGGUAGGAUAGUUCUGCCGAAUUGAUGUGGUCAUGAAUUGAAAUGAGAUGGCAAAGUGAUGGCUGCUCAUGGAAAUGUUUUUGCCUGCAAUGUGGAUAUACUGUUAAAUAACUAUGGUUGCCUGGUGCUGACAUGGGUUUUGGGGGUUGGGUUUCUUGUCCUUUUUUUGCUUGCUUGUGAGCGAUCAGGGACUUGGGAAGGAUGGUAGCGGCAUCAAAGAGCCCGUGCAAGCGAAAGCUGUGGAUGACAGGUCGGGGCUCGGAAGUCAGCAGAGAAAAGUAGACCCAUCCUUGGAGGCACAGUCAGGAGAUAGUUAUCGAACCAUCAUCCAGAAGAAAGCGAUUGCAAGAUUUAGAGAGAUGGCGUAAGGUAGAGAACGAUGACUGAUGGGUUCUUUUUUUUUUUUCUUCUCCAGAGAAUCUCUUGCUGUACUGUCUUUUAGCUUCACUUUCUCCCUGUGUUAUUUAUGACGACUACAUAUUAUUCAAGGGUGGUUAACGAGCCAUGCUUUCUACUA